AUGAAGACGAAGCAAACCAAUGCUGCUGUUUGUUCUUACUUCUUGAUUCUUUCAUUGAGUAUUUCCUUGGUCAUGGCCAUUGGAGAAAACACAAGUACUAUUCCGGUGAAUGUGGGAGUGAUUCUCGAUAUGGAUGAUUCGCCAAGUAAAGUUUGGUUGAGCUGCAUCAACAUGGCCCUAUCAGAUUUCUAUGCAUCUCACCGUUCUGCGAAGACGAGGCUGGUUUUGAGUACUAGGGACUCCAGAAAUGAUGUUGUAGGCGCAGCUGCUGCAGCUUUGGACCUCAUAAAGAAUGUUCAAGUUCAAGCGAUUAUAGGGCCUGUAUCAUCAAUGCAAGCCAAUUUCCUGAUUGAUCUAGGAGAGAAGGCUCACAUGCCCAUGAUCUCAUUUUCAGCAACAAGUCCUUCCCUCACCUCCCACCCAAGUUCGUAUUUCUUCCGAGCUGCACAAACUGACUCCUCUCAGGUCAAAGCCAUAGCUGCUAUUGUCCAAGCUUUUGGGUGGAGAGAAGCUGUGCCAAUCUAUAUAGAUAAUGCCUUUGGCGAGGGGGUACUACCCUACUUGGUGGAUGCCUUGCAAGAGGCUCGAGCUCGCAUGCCUUACCGGAGUGCCAUACCUCCAACCGCAACGAAUGACCAACUUAUUGGAGAGCUUUACAAGUUGAUGACAAUGCAAAUCCGAGUCUUCAUUGUGCACAUGACUCCCUCCCUUGGUUCUAGGCUUUUCGCCAAAGCGCAAGAGUUGGGGAUGAUGAAGGAAGGCUAUGUUUGGAUCAUGACCAAUGGGCUAACCAAUCUGUUGAGUUCAACAAACGGUUCAGUCAUCAACUCAAUGCAAGGGGCAUUGGGUGUGAGAACUUAUGUGCCAAUAACAGACGAGCUUGUUGACUUCAGGGCUCGAUGGAAAAGGAAAUUCCAACAAGAAAAUCCGAGCAUAGUUGAUGUUGAACUAGAUGUUUUUGGACUAUGGGCAUAUGAUGCUGCCUAUGCAUUAGCCAUGGCAGUUGAGAAUGUUGGCACUAGAUCGACCUUUGGCUUCCAAAAGACGCAUACUUCAAUCAACUCAUCAUCAACAGAUCUCGAAACUCUUGGUGUCUCUAGCAAAGGUCUAGAACUUUCCAAAUUCUUGUCAAGUACUAGAUUUAGAGGCAUUGCAGGAGAUUUCAGUUUUGUUAACGGUCAAUUACAAUCUCCAAUGUUCGAAAUAGUUAAUGUGAAUGGUAAUGGAGCAAGAGGCAUUGGGUUUUGGACACCAAAACGUGGACUUGUGAAAGAUUUGAACACCUCAAAGGACACCAAGAGUGCAUACUCAAGUUCUAAAUCUGGUAUGGGACCAAUAAUAUGGCCUGGAGAUUCUGCCUCAACUCCGAAAGGUUGGGAAGUUCCCACAAAUGGUAAAAAGUUGAGAGUAGGAGUUCCUGUGAAGAUUGGUUCUCCUGAGCUUGUGAAGGUGGUGCGUAAUCCUGUCACUAAUGCAACAGAAGUCACUGGGUUCUGCAUUGACAUCUUUAAAGCUGUUAUGGAAGGAUUACCCUACGCAGUUACUUAUGACUUCGUUCCCUUUGCAAAGCCCGAUGGUACUACUGCUGGCAGCUACAAUGACUUGGUUCAUCAAGUUUUUCUUGGGAAUUUCGAUGCUUUGGCCGCAGCGACAACGAUUAGAGGGAACAGGUCUUUGUAUGUUGAUUUUACAUUGCCAUACACAGAAUCGGGAGUAGUAAUGGUAGUGCAAACGAAAGAUAGUCGGAGCCAAGAUCCAUGGAUUUUCCUCAAGCCUUUGGAAUGGAAGCUUUGGCUGACAAUUUGUUGCUCUUUCAUCGCAAUUGGUUUUGUGGUUUGGGUUCUUGAACAUCGUAUCAAUGAUGAUUUUCGUGGUAAACCCUCGCGUCAAGUCGGCACAAGCAUUUUGUUCUCCCUCUCAACAAUGGUUUAUGCACAUCAGAAUGUGGUUAGCAACUUGAGUAGGAUUGUGGUGAUCGUUUGGGUAUUUGUUGUGCUAGUACUAGUUCAAAGUUAUGGAGCUAGUCUAUCAUCAAUACUAACGGUUCCACAGCUAAAACCAAGUUAUUCUGGGAUAGACGUGCUUGUGAAGAAUAAGGAUUAUGUAGGUUACCCAAAGGGUUCGUUUGUCUACAGCCUUAUGAUAGAAAGAGGUUUUGAUGAUUCUAAAAUAAAGCCUUAUACAACACCGGAAGAAUGUGACCAACUUUUGACAAAGGGAAGUGCAAAUGGUGGUAUUGCUGCUGCCAUUGAUGAAACUCCCAACUUGAAGCUAUUUCUUGCCAAGUAUUGCAAAAAAUACAUGGUUGGCCCAAUCUUCAAAACUAGUGGCUUUGCCUUUGUUUUUCCCAAAGGUUCACCUCUUGUACCGGAUGUUUCAAGGUCAAUUCUAAAUGUGACCGAGGGGGACGAGAUGAAGAACAUUGAGAGUAAAUGGUUCGGAGAAACUACCUGCUUAGACAACAAACCAAAUGAUUCUGAUCACCGCCGUUUUACAUUUUACAGCUUUUGGGUUCUCUUCCUCAUUUCCGGUGUCUCUUCAUGUUUAGCUCUCAUCAUCCAUACAACAUUAUUCUUUCAUAAGAAUCUACACAUCUUAUUGACAUGUUGGUCAGUAUGGCGAAGCAUUCGAGUCAUGUUUAUUGUACUGAGUUAUACUCCAAACUCAUCUUUCUUGAGGGAACAAGCAGAAACAGAUGUGGAUCAAAUGGUUACAGCUCCUCAAGGUGAAGGAGCUGAUCAAGAACACAAUUGAUUUGCUACAUCUUACACUGUUACUUUGCAUGUUUGAUAGUUCAGUAUACACACUUUGCCAAACAAUUUGUGAUAUGCCUAAAUCUUACUGUUGAGUUCAUGAUCUGGAGACUUCAUGAACAGAGAUUAAACAACAAGCUCUUGUCAAUUCGUUGGUCUCUUCAAUC